UAGGUGUCAAGUUGUCAACCAUAAAAAAUGAUGGGUUUGUGAUGCCGUGUCAAAUUAGAAGUUGUGUGCAAGUAAUAUAUAUCUUCAAAGUUCAAAAUUCCCAAGUGCAACAUAUAUUGUUGCCAUUGCCAAGUUCCAACUAAAGAUGGGAGAACCGAGAGAAAGGUAUGCAGUGGUGACUGGAGCAAACAAAGGAAUUGGAUUUGAGAUAGUUAAGCAGUUAGCUUCAGCUGGGAUCAAAGUGGUGCUUACUGCAAGAGAUGAGAAAAGAGGUCUUCAAGCUUUGGAAACACUCAAAUCCUCUGCUUUAUCUGACUUUGUUAUUUUUCAUCAACUAGAUGUUGCUGAUUCUGCAAGUGUAGCCUCUCUUGCAGAUUUUGUCAAAUCCCAAUUUGGCAAACUUGAUAUUCUGGUUAACAAUGCUGCGAUUAGCGGAGUUGACAUUAAAGACAGAGAUUUAUUCAGUUCAAUAAUCCUUACAAAUGGGGCAGUAUCUGAUGAUGAGUUGAGAAGGGCAACGACAGAAACAUAUGAGACAGCUAAAGAAUGUUUGCAAAUAAAUUAUCAUGGAGCUAAAACAACAUUUGAAUACCUUCUUCCCCUUCUCCAAUUAUCUGAUUCACCAAGAGUUGUUAAUGUUUCAUCAUAUUUGGGUGAGAUAGAGCGUGUAUCAAAUGAAUGGGCCAAAGGAAUCUUUAGUGAUGUUGAUAACCUUACAGAAGAGAGAAUAGAUGAAGUGUUAAAGGAGUUUAUCAAAGAUUAUGAAAAAGGGUCUCUAGUAAGAAAAUGUUGGCCUAGAUAUUUUGCUCCCUAUACCGUUUCUAAAGCUUCUUUGAAUGCAUAUACAAGAAUUAUUGCAAAGAAAUAUCCUACCUUUUGCAUCAAUUGUGUUUGUCCUGGUUAUGUCAAGACAAAUAUGACUGCUAAUACAGGUAUCUUAAGAGUAGAAGAAGGUGCUGCUAAUCCUGUUAGGUUAGCAUUACUUUCCAAUGGCAGUCCAUCCGGCCUUUUUUAUAAUCAGAAUGAAGUCUCUUCAUUUUGAGUGAUACUAUAUGUUGUACAAUUUUGUGUUUCGACAACGUGGUAAACUGGAAUAGGUGUCAAUAUUUAGUGUCUGAUAUAACUCAUUGAAGACUUAAACCGUCAAUAAUUUAUUGGGGGCUAAAAACCUUCAAUAGUGUUAUUUUUUUUUUGUUGGUACAAACAAUCAAUAAGUGUUAUUUAAGUCUGUCAAUAAAUUGAAGUAUUCUUGUAUAUCUGUUUGCAUUGAAUAAGCUGAUUGCAUGUUUGUUCUU